GUUUUAUUAUCAUUUAACACUGAACGCAAACAAGGUGAAGUUAUUUAUACAUUAUACGAGUACCACAGUAUUAAAAACAAACGAGUACUAUCUACUAGAACGCUAGAAAGUUAUUGUAAACGUACAUUUACAUUUUUUAUUGUUAAACAUGUCAGCAAUAGAAUUAGAUAGUAUAGAGAGUGUGUUAAAAACGCUUUCCAUUGAAGAUUAUGAAAAAGUGUGUGGUUUAUUAUAUGGGAAAGGAGUAAGCAAAAUUACUUUAAAAGAGGAGGUACUUCAUCUUGCUGAGAAGUACGACAUAGAAGUUGCAAUUGAAAAAUUCAUUUCCCAAGAAGAACAACUCCGUUCUCCUAGAAAUACCCGUGUUGGUCUUUUCCAGCACAAGACGCCUCUUCCAACAUGGAGUCGUAUCAAAGAAAUGAGGGACGCUAUGUUCAAACUAGCCUCAGAAGCUUUGGAGAUUGCAUACAAAGGAGGCGUUAACGUAUUUUGUUUCCAGGAAGCAUGGAAUAUGCCGUUUGCCUUUUGUACGAGGGAAAAAUCACCAUGGUGUGAAUAUGCAGAGGAAGCAGAACAUGGACCAACUACAGAAUUUUUGAAAGGGCUUGCCAAGCGGUAUAAUAUGGUGAUCCUUUCGUCAAUCUUGGAAAGGGAUUCUGUACAUGGGGACACAAUUUGGAAUACCUGUGUUGUGAUUGAUAAUCAUGGUGAGUAUCUUGGGAAACAUAGGAAGAACCAUAUCCCAAGAGUAGGCGAUUUCAACGAGUCGACAUAUUACUUUGAAGGAAAUACCGGACAUCCUGUGUUCAAGACUGAGUUUGGAAAAAUUGCCAUUAACAUUUGUUAUGGAAGACAUCAUCCACUGAAUUGGCUAGGGUUUGCAUUGAACGGUGCGGAAAUUGUGUUUAAUCCUUCAGCUACUAUUGGUGGUUUAAGUGAACCUUUGUGGGGCGUAGAAGCAAGAAAUGCAGCAAUAGCAAAUUCUUAUUAUACUUGUGCUAUUAACAGAGUUGGGACAGAAGUUUUUCAAAAUGAGUUCACGUCUGGAAAUGGCCAACCAGCUCAUAAGGAUUUUGGACAUUUUUAUGGGUCCAGUUAUGUAACCGCUCCAAAUGGUUCUAGAACACAUGGUUUAUCACGAACAAGAAAUGGUUUGCUUAUUGCUGAACUAGACCUUAAUCUAUGUCGCCAAGUAAGAGACGUAUGGGGAUUCCAAAUGACUCAAAGGCUGGAUAUGUAUGCAGAUCUACUGAAAGAAGCUAUUAAGCCCGACUUUAAACCACAACUCAUAGAGAAAUCAUAACUGCUCUAAAACUAAAGUAUUUUUUGCACGAAAAAUGUUUUUUUGUUUAUUACAUUUUAUUUAAUUUGAUAUUAAAAAUGUGAGAUCUUAUUUUUUGA